UCAUCUAUAGAAGAUUCGAGAACAUUGUUCAAAUAAAUAAUUUUUCUCUUUUUUUUUUCUUUUAAAUUUCUUCAUGCACGACUUUUGGGUUGUUUAGCCUCCAGCUCAGCUCUGUGAACCAACACACCACCAUCCUUCUUGAUUAAGCACGUACUGUGUGUUGCCGGCAUCGACACUGGAACAUUCCUCAUGGCAGCUUCUCAGACCACUCCAUGGAAUUUGAUUUCUGGGAUCUUAGGAGUAACGUGCCUUAUUUUGUUGGCUAUUAUGGGAAUUUUGUUGAAAAAUUUAUAUCCUAAACAAAGUAUUCAGCCAACAUCGUCUCUAGAUGCAAUCAGCGAAGUCCAGAAAGGCUCUAACUGUUGUUCUUGUCCAAAAGGCUGGAUUGGGUACCAGUGCAACUGCUACUUCUUUUCUAGUAAAUUAAAAAAUUGGACAGAAAGUCAUAGGUUCUGUGCUUCUCAGAAUUCCAGUCUACUUCAGUUUCAAAACAAAGAUAAAUUGCAUUUUAUGAGCUCCAGUACAUAUUUUUACUGGAUUGGACUCUCUUACCAUAAAGACAAAAAGGCCUGGUUGUGGGAAGAUGGCUCCCCUGUCUCCCAAGAUCUAUUGCCAUCACUUCAAAAAUUAAAUACAGAGAAAUGCACAAUGUAUAGCUCAAGCCAAGGUAUUUUGGACGAACGCUGUGAUAAUGAAAGUCGUUUUAUAUGUAUAAAAAGAGCUUAUUUAUAAAUGUGUUUCUUGGAGUGGGCGGGGUGGGCAGUGAAGAUUCAGUAGUACUAAGAGCAUGACUUUACCUCUUAUAUUAUUGCUAAUUAUCUACUUCUGGGAUCUGUAAAAUGUUUCAAAUCAUGUCUUAUGAUACAAUUUUCAUACAUUUGAAAUCAUGUGCUUCAAAAUUAGUGAAAUUUGGGGCACCUGGGUGGCUCAGUCGGUUAAACGGCUGCCCUCAGCUCAGGUUACAAUCCCAGGGUCCUGGGAUUGAGCCAGGCAUCAGGCUCCCUGCUCGACAGAGAGCUUGCUUCUCCCUCUUUCUGCCUGCUGCUCUGCCUACUUGUGUUCUCUCUCUCUCUGUCAAACAAAUAAAUAAAAUCUUUAAAAAAUAAAAUAAAAUAGGUGAAAUUUGUGCACCUAUAUCUGCCAUAACAGUGCCCCAAGGUAAAGAAUUUCAGGACUAUUGUGAUUUAAUGGAUAUGUUCAACAUUAAAUUUAAUCUAUUUUAUGCAUAUAUUCUUGUGAUUUUUUUUGCAGAAAUUCAAAUGAAAUAAUU